GGGGGCUGGAUGCUGACAGCCUUGAGGGCAUAUAAGGUCACCAGCAAGCAUCUGUGGAGGCUCAGGCUUCUGCUUAUUCUUUUCAGGCUUCUUUGUUGAGGCAACUAAGACCCUACCCUGCCCCUGCCUGUUGUAAGCGAAUUGCACCCAAGGGGGAAGAGUCUGAGCGAUUCCUAACCAUUAAUAUAUGAGAACUGGUCAGGAUGACCUGGAUCUCCAGUGAUGACCCGCCAGAUCAGGGGGACUGUUGGGACAUUUAGAGACCCUUCUGGUGGCCACCCUAAACUGAAGGGGGGCCAUUCAGAAUCAAACAGGGCCUUUAACCUGCCAGGAGUUAAUUUCACUCUGUAAUAUUCUGAAAAUCUUUCCUGAGAUUCUUGAUCAUAGUGCCAAAGACUGUGGGGUUACUAUGCCCUGACCCCAUGACGUGUCUGUGGAUGGUACUGUGACAAGGGAGGGGUGCCUCCUCUAGAGAGGAGACCAAUCAGAUGUCUGUCCGUUCGCACUUCUCGCGGAGACUUUGCUCAGCCUUGACUAAGGUGCACCUGUAUAAGUCCCAGGCCAUUUCACCCAAAGCUGAAUCACCAUUAUGUCGUGGCGGCCGUCCACGAAUGCAGAUGAGGGCCCACUCAGAUUCCGUAGCACAGGUCGUGGAAUCACAGAUUCAGUGGAGACUAAAUGACUUCAGCCUCGCGUGUGCACACGCACCGCCCCCCCCCCCCCAGGAAGACCAGAGUUUAAACAUCGCCCCACUGGAAUGUCUACCUGUGAGACUUCUAAGAAGUCUCCAGGAGGUGAUCAGGCUCCCCUUCCACCCCAACAGGUGGGACUGGCUGGGUCAGGCACCCCAGGGCCUUACCAGAUUUGACGUCGGAACCAGGUCCUCACCUGACAAGCCUCCUUGAGUCCAGUGGGAACAGUGGAGUGGGGCUGGCCCAGGUGACUGGGUGGGAGACUGCCGAGGGAGCAGGCAGGGCAUGCCUUCUCCCUUGUGAUUGCCCAUUCCCUCACCACCCCACUGUUUGCCCCAAACCAGUGGCAACAAAGGGGCAGCGCAAUUGUUUUUCCUGGGCAGGGAACCAAAUGUUAUGAAAAAUACUGAAAAAAUCUGGACUGGAUCACUGACAGAAGAAGCAAAUGGUACUCAGAGCUCUUGGAGUGUUGAGGUUUUAUUUCACACUGGCAGGCUCACUGGGGAGUAAUCUCUCAAAAGCCUGAGCCCCGAACAGAGGCAAACAGAGCAACAUACAUCUUUUUGCUUCUGUAUCUGUAACAUUCCUUCGUGCACAUCAAGCGAGCUGGCAACCGGGAGUGAGUUUAGGAAGUAAGUGCCUGGCAGAGCAGGGAGUGAAGGGGAGGGGGAAGUUAAGGGAGUUUCUAUUGUCUUUGCUAAGAGCAGCAGAAGGGGAGCCACCUGGACUAGACUGCUGUCCUUGUAAGUUUUUCCCUAUCAUCAUCUUAGGCAAAGUAAUUAAUCUUUCUGAACCCUAGUUUCAUCAUUUGAAAAAUGGGAGUAAUAAUUCCUACUUCAUAUAUGUGUUAUAAAAGGUAAAUUAAAUACAUGAUUUAAAGUACCCACCUACAAACCUGGUACUGGGGACUGAUGUCAACAAGUAUUAGCUCCUUUCACUUCUGGAAAGAUAAAGACUCCAGGAGGAGAGUGAGCAGCACACCUUGGCAGGGGUGUUUGUGGAGCUCAAGACUGGGAGAUGGUAGGGACAGGACACUGCUGACCUUAUUUAAAGACAGGUGGUUCAGAGAAGAGGCAGGAUGCAAGUUUCCUUGAAGAGAGCUGGCUAGAAAGAUUAAAAGUAUAAAAAGAAAUUUGCAAAAUGCUGGGAAUAUUUCUAAGGAAUCGCACCUCUGUGUGUUGUGGAAGAUGUUUCGGGAAAGACCAAGGAGAAGCCAGGAACAGAGAACAAAUGGGGCUGUGUGUGUAUACUUUGAAUGGGCGGAGACAGAGUGAGUGGCAGCUGCCUCAAGUGAUUGGUGUAAGGAAAUGAGGCGACAGGAUUAUGGAGUGCAUGACGGUAGUGGGUGCCAGAGGGGCAGAUCCAUGGAGCCAGGAACGUAGGAUGUGGUGUUCCUGGCCAUGCAGAUGGGAGGACGCUGGGGUUCUCCAUUUGGAAGUGGGAACAUUGGCUGAGGGCUGGCCUCUGGUUGGGUGCUGGGGCCUCUUCUCACUAGAGCAGACUUGGUCUCCACGGAGCUCAGAGUUGCAGGCCCUGGCAAGUCCAUGUCUUCCCUGCCGCUCAGGCUGCCCUCGUCUGCCCCUCACCUGGAAUCUGAAUAGGUACCUCUUGUUUCAGGAGACAGUGACCUUUGAGGAUGUGGCCGUGUACUUCACCCAGAGUCAGUGGGCCAGCCUGAACCCUGUGCAGAGGGCCCUGUACAGGGAGGUGAUGCUGGAGAAUUAUGCAAACGUGGCUUCCCUGGGUAAGGUCUCUCAGCGACCCUUUGUGAUAGUUCGGUGCCUUCCUCAGAAUUUCAUAGGAUUCGAGAAGUCUGUAGGUUUGACUCUAAAGGUUCUGCAGUCACCAGCCUCUGGAGAUGCUGGGUGCGGAAACCCCUGGUUCCCUUUGGUUUUGAAAUUGGAGUCGCUGACACCCCAGGGAAGGGAGUGGUUCUGGGCACCGGGGAACAGCACUCUUCCUGGUACUCUAGCCUUUCCAUUCCCCAGGCCUGUUCUGGUCUCCCAGCUGGAGAGAGAGGAAGCACCGUGGGGCCCAGAUCCCUGGGAAGCUGAGAUUCCUAGAGGCCUCCGUCCGGAUGCAUGUGGCUAUUUCAUGGGUGCUAAGUCCUGGAUCAAGACUGAAGAGCCAGCUGUGAAGCAGGAAGGCUCUGAGGAAUCAGAGUCAGGCAGAAGGCCAGUAGGACUUCUCAGGAAUGUUUCUCAGCACUUCGAUUUUAAAAGCAAGGCAAUGUGGCAGACUUUCAGUCUAAAUCCAAAUCUGGUACUUCGAGGUGGAAUGGAGUUCUAUGAAUGUAAAGAAUGUGGGAAAACCUUCAGACAUAAUUCAUGGCUUAUUCGACAUCAGAUGAGUCAUACUGGAGAAAAGCCCUUCAAGUGUAAGGAAUGUGGCAAAGCUUUCAAGUCCAGCUAUGACUGUAUUGUACAUGAGAAAAAUCACAUUGGAAAAGGGUCCUGUGACUCUAAGGGGUGUGGCAAAGGUUUGAGGUCUGACACAUCCUUGACUCAACAUCAAAGCAUCCACACUGGAGAGAAACCCUAUGAAUGUAAGGAGUGUUGGAAAGCUUUUGGUUAUAGGUCACUUUUUAUUGUCCAUCAGCGAAUUCAUAGUGGGGAAAAACCCUACCAAUGUAAGGUGUGUGGCAAGGCUUUCACUCAGAAGAUAGCCUCCAUUCAGCAUCAGAGAGUUCAUACCGGAGAGAAGCCCUACGAGUGUAAGGUGUGUGGGAAAACCUUCAAGUGGUACAGCAGCUUUGUUCAGCAUCAGAAAUUGCACCCUAUAGAGAAAAACCAUAGCAAGGUUCUUGGACCUUCCCCCCUGAGCCCACAGUGCCCCUCUUCAGCCUUAUCCCCUGUUUCUCUCCAGGGUCCAUGCGCUGAUCCCACUAUGUCUGUGCCUUCACUGACCUUUCCAAAUGCUGUGCUCAUUCCUGCCACUGGGCCUUUGUUCAUGCUGUUGCCCACAUCAGGAAUAUCUUCUUCACCUGUCCAAGCAGUACGUGUCUUCCAGGGCCUUCCUCCUUCUGUGAAACCUUCCCCAGUUAUUCUGACUCCUCCUCCUCACUCCUCCUGAGCUUUGUCUUCAUGCUUUUCUGCUCAGCAAAUGUACAACCUAAUUUGAAUUUCAUUUGUAUUUUUUCUCACCUUACACAUAUUACAACUGUUCUGGCAUAACUCCUAAUAAUCCAUGUAUAUUUAAAGGCUAGAUUUACAUAAUACAUUCUGUUUUCUUUUGGAAAAUGGAAGUACUUGACCUUUGCAUUGGCCCCUUUCAGAAUCUGACAGUAAUGGCUGUAUCUGCAUGUGGGCGUGCUGAAGUUAGAAAUGCUGGUAUGGCCCUUUGUUGUGUAGAGAAGCUUCGGAGGAAGGAUAUCCCUGUAUUAGGCCAUUGUAAUUAGAGAGAUGCAGCUGGGAGAACCGGAGAUGGCAUGCAAGAACUGGGAGCAGAGAAUGCGAAUAAGCUUCCUACAAUGGACUUUAGAAAUUAAUGCAUAUUGUUCAGUGGGCCAAGUGGUUCAUUAAUGCAAUUGAGUCACAUUGACCUUGGCAUGGAUCAUUGAGGAUCUCAUCUGCUGAUGGAAAAGAUCACGUGAGAUAACCAGUGAAGAAUAUGUGCAAAGUGAUAGAAAUCAUCUACAUGGUAGCAAUUAUGUCUUAAAAUAGGAAGUGUUUUUCAUUUUCUUCUUUAGUUUUGCUCUUGAUGUUUAGCUGGUUCUUUUUAAUUUCAGUUUCCUAAGUAUGUAUCAAAGCAUUCAUCUUUCUUUCAUCUGCUGUGUACAUUUGUCCUGGUGGGCGUUCUGGUUUUCUUCUUACAGGCACUGGCUUCUACAUUGAAUAUUAUCCAGACAGCAUGAAUCGUAAAUAUGAAUUUGUGAAUUGCUAAAGAAAUAGGAGCAACAGUGUAAAGCCAACUUGGGGGAAAUCUGAAUCAGGAUCCAAAAUUGUUCUUAGGAAUAAAGGGGCUGUGGGUCAAUGGAUUGCUCUUGGUUUUGAUCUUGAUGAACAUUCUUUUACAUCUGGGCCAAAGGACUCUGAAGUAAUUUCUGGAAUAAUAACUUGCAUUAUACAUUAUUAGCAUUAAUAUAAAAUAAAUCCUUAAGAAUUGGUGAAA